ACCUCAUUCGACAUAGACUACUCAUGGCCAACCAAACUACUUGUUUCCUCAUCUUUCGUUUUCUGGCACUGCUUCUCAUGUCUCGUUUAAGUACUGAUGCAAAAAUUUUCAAUAUUACCACAGAUCAAUCUGCUCUUCUUGCCUUGAAAGCUCAUAUUUCUUAUGACCCUCACCAUAUUUUGACAACAAAUUGGUCCUCCAGUACUUCAGUUUGCAAUUGGGUUGGUGUCACCUGUGGUUCUAGACAUCAUCGGGUUACAGCCUUGAACCUUUCUAAUAAUGGUCUUGUAGGAACCAUUCCUCCACAUAUAGGAAACCUUUCAUUUCUUGUCAGCUUAAGCAUCAGGAACAAUAGUUUUCAUGGCUCAAUGCCAAACGAAUUGUCUCAUCUUUAUCACUUGAAAUUCUUGCAUUUUGGAUACAAUGAAUUCAGUGGAGAAAUCCCGUCAUGGAUAGGGUUGCUAACCAAACUUCAAGUUUUAAUUCUUGUAACCAACAAUUUCGAAGGUACUAUCCCAUCAUCUCUAUUUAACAGUACAUCUUCAUUGCAACAAAUUGUACUUGAAGAUAAUCAACUUUGGGGCUCUAUACCAUCCUCUAUCUUCGAGAUCAUGUCUACCUUGAAAGUAAUUUCUCUAGCAGAAAACAAGUUUUCAGGUCCAAUGCCCUCCAUUUUCUUCAACAUGUCUUCACUGCAAUAUAUUGAUUUCAGCAAUAAUACGCUAUCUGGUGCACUACCACCAGAAGUAGGGAACUUAACCAUGCUUACAUAUUUAAAUCUUGCCAAUAACAACUUCAAAGGUAGUCAGCUCCCAUCCUCUUUGUUCAAGUGCAAACAGCUGCAAUAUUUAAACUUGGAGUCUAAUAAUUUGAAAGGAAAACUAUCACCCGAAAUAGGGAACUUAACCAAGCUCAUAUUUUUAGAUCUUGCCUACAACAACUUCGAAGGUGCAAUACGAAGUGAAAUUGGUAAUUUGCAGAACCUAGAGUAUUUCGAUCUGGGACUUAACAAUUUUGUUGGCACAAUUCCACUGGAGAUAUUCAAUAUCUCAACAAUACAACUGUUCAUCUUACUAGGAAAUCACCUCUCAGGCACUCUUCCAUCAAAUAUGGGCCUCUUGCUUCCAAAUCUUAGGGGAAUUUUUCUUGAGGGGAAUGAACUUAGUGGAACGAUUCCAGCCACUAUUGCCAAUGUUUCACAGCUCAUUUCAGUCGAAUUGGAAAGUAACUCAUUCUCGGGUUUGAUUCCAAAAACACUUGAUAAUUUAAGGUUCCUCCAGGUGCUCAACCUCGGAUUCAAUAAUCUGACCAUUGAAUCUUCAGAAUUGAGUAUCUUUUCAUAUUUUGCGAACAAUCCAUAUCUCAAAAAAUUGUAUCUGUCUAUGAAUCCACUAAAUGGAGUCCUUCCUAAUUCCAUUGGAAACCACUCGAUCUUUCUUGAACAACUUGAUCUCACUGGUUGCAAUAUUAAGGGCAACAUUCCCAUAGAUAUUGGCAAUUUAAGUAGAUUGACAUAUAUGUCCCUGGGCGACAAUGAUAUUUCCGGACCUAUUCCAACUACAAUAGGAAGAUUAAGCAUGCUCGAACGUUUGGGCCUUUUUGAUAAUAGGCUAAUAGGUCCAAUCCCAUUGGAUAUCAGUUACUUAGGGAGAUUGGGAGAUUUAGAUUUAGCUGGAAAUAAGCUAUCUGGGCAGAUUCCUGAAAGCAUAAUUAAUAUGACUUCAUUAAGAUUUCUCAACUUAGCCUUCAACCAAUUAACUUCAAGGAUUCCUUCGAGCUUGUGGAGGCAGACAGAUCUCUUAGCAGUCGACUUGUCAUCCAAUUCCCUAAGUGGCUCGCUUUCAUUAGAUAUUGGAAAUAUGAAGGUCCUGACAAUAUUGAAUUUAUCAAGAAAUCAACUAUCCGGUCAUAUUCCAGAAACAAUGGGUGGGCUCAUAUCCCUAGUCAAUCUCUCUUUGGCAGUCAAUCAAUUAGAGGGCUCUAUUCCUAUAUCUUUUGGCGGAUUAGUAAGCUUGGAGUUGUUAGAUCUUGUUGGUAACAACUUAUCUGGAGAGAUACCUAAGUCCUUAGAAGUGCUAAGGUACCUCAAAUAUCUAAAUGUCUCCUACAAUAAACUACGAGGAGAAAUUCCAACACGGGGACCAUUUGUUAACUUCUCAGCUGAAUCAUUUAUGUCAAAUGAUGCACUCUGUGGUGUGAUUAGACUGAAUGUUCCUCCAUGCAAAGAAGCUUCUCUUGGACCAAGAAAGGCAAUGAGGGUGCGUAUACUAAGAUAUGUACUGCCCACAUUGGGGUUAACGAUACUUGUAGUAUCUGUUGUACUAGUCUCAAGAAAACUCCAUGGAAAGAAGAAUGCAAAACUUUCCAACAACAAAGACUCAAUACCUUUAUCAACAUGGAGAAGAAUAUCGCACAAACAACUUUUACAAGCAGCAGAAGGGUUUAGUGCAAACAACUUACUUGGAGAAGGGAGUUUCGGCUCAGUUUAUAGAGGGACACUCUUAGAUGGUACAUACAUUGCAAUAAAAGUUCUAAAUUUGGAACUAGAAGGUGCAUUCAAAAGUUUUGAUAUAGAAUGUGAGAUAUUACGACAAGUUCGUCAUCGAAAUCUUGUCAAAAUCAUUAGCGUUUGUAGUAACAUUGACUUCAAAGCACUUGUUUUGGAAUACAUGUCUAAAGGGAACCUAGAGAUGUGGUUGUAUUCUAGCACCCAUUGCUUGAAUAUGCUACAAAGACUUAAUAUAAUGAUUGACGUGGCAGCAGCACUUGAAUACCUUCAUCUUGGUUAUUCAACACCUAUUGUUCAUUGUGAUUUGAAGCCAAGUAAUGUCUUAUUAGAUGAAGAUAUGGUUGGACAUGUUGCUGAUUUUGGUAUUGCCAAACUCCUAAGUGAUGGAAUCUCUCUCACGCAAACAAUGACCAUGGCUACAAUUGGGUAUAUGGCACCAGAGUAUGGAUCUGAAGGAAUUAUUUCUACAAGCGGUGAUGUGUAUAGCUAUGGAAUAUUAUUGAUGGAAACUUUUACAAGAAAGAAGCCCACUGAUGAUAUGAUUAUUGGUGAAAUGAGCUUAAAGCGUUUAGUUGAGGAAUCAUUUUCGCUUUCGAUACUUGAAGUUAUCGAUGCCAAUUUGUUGAGCAAUGAAAAUGACUAUGUUGCUAUGGAGACAUGCUUAUCAGCAACUAUGGGCUUGGCUUUGCAUUGUUGUGCAGAUUUGUCUGAACAGAGGAUCGAUAUAAAAAAUGUUUUAGCUAGACUCAACAAGAUCAAAUUAAAGUAUCUACAUGAUCAUGGAGGGUAAUUUGAGUAUCAAGUUUCUUUAUAGCGGAGGUUGCAAUCCUAGUCAAGUAGAGUUUAUUAUCAAGCUACAGCUUAAUCUACAAUCAGUACGUUAUUUAUCUGUCAUAAUUAUUCGAGCUUGUUUAUGGAUUGUUUGA